CUUAGUUGCCAACCCCGCAAUCACUUAGUUGCCAACGCUAAUCCGCAAUCAUUUAGUUGCCAAAGCGCAUCCGCAAUCACUUAGUCGCCAAUCUAAUAAUUAUAAUAUAUUUAUUAUAGGAAAAUAAUACAUGCCAUAUAAAGGUUCAUUUAACAUUCUUUGCGAUAGAGAGCAUUACGUACGAAUGUACAUAUGUCAUAUGAACGUAACCUAUAAAAACGUAGCAAGGACGUAGAAUUAAAAAAAGAAAGAAAAACGUAUAUUUUAUAAUUUAAUAAUGAUAAAUCUUUGAUAAUUAAACAACAAUCAGAAAUUAAAUGUUCAUGCAUAUAUAGCUACGAAAUUAUUUACGGUGUUGAUUAUUGUAGGUUAGAAUCGUUCAUAACGUUUAGUUAAAACAAUGUUACAACGUAAACUAAUAAAAAAAACAUGGUGCGAGCUACGUAAACAAUAUAUACACAGUACAAAGUGUUUGAAUACAAAUUCUGAGAAACACGAUGUUAAAAAAAUACGAAAUAUUGGAAUAUUGGCACACAUCGAUGCCGGUAAAACAACAACAACCGAACGAAUGUUAUUUUACUCUGGACUUAUUAAAAAUAUGGGAGAAGUACAUCAUGGGAAUACGGUGACAGAUUAUAUGGAACAAGAACGUCAACGUGGUAUAACAAUAACUUCUGCAGCCGUAACAUUUAAUUGGAAAAAGUAUCGUUUUAAUUUAAUUGAUACACCAGGACACAUUGAUUUUACUAUGGAAGUGGAACAAGCAUUACGUGUUAUGGAUGGUGUGGUGAUUAUAUUAGAUGGAUCAGCUGGUGUGGAAGCACAGACAUUAACAGUUUACAAACAGGCAGAUAAAUACGAGAUACCCAAAAUCAUUUAUGUUAAUAAAAUGGAUCGCCCGGAUGCAGACUUUGAAAAAAGUUUAAAAUCCAUAGAAUUAAAAUUAAAUACCAAUGCAUUGCCAAUACAAUAUCCUAUAAAAAAGGGAGACGUUUUUGAAGGUAUAAUAGACAUUGUAAGCUUAGAGAAAAUAAUAUUUAAUAAGAAGAGUCAAGGAUUAGAUUUCAUAAGAAAAAAAUUAACGCAAAACGAUGACAAUGAUUUAUGGAAUAUAGCGAAUGAAAAACGUGAAAUGUUGCUAGAUAAGUUAUCAAAUUUGGAUGACAAAUUAGCCGAAGUAAUAAUAGAAGAAGAAUCACUCGAUAAAAUAACUGAUCAGGCAAUAUGCGAAUCCUUAAGAAAAAUUACAUUAUCAAGAAAUGGUGUGCCAGUUCUUAUAGGUAGUUCUUAUAAAAACAUUGGUGUACAACCUUUAAUGGAUAGUAUUGUAUUAUAUUUGCCAUUUCCAAAUGAAUACAGAAAUGACUAUCGUUGUUUCAACAAUAAUUUAUCCGCGCGUGUUUUUAAAAUUAUACAUGAUAAACAAAGAGGACCUAUCACUUUUUUUAGAAUUUAUACUGGUACUAUGAAGAAAGGUGAAAAAAUAUAUAAUGUUCAAAAAGGAAAGGUAGAACAAAUUAGUCGUUUAUAUAUUGCCUGUGCUGAUGAAUAUAAAGAAAUUAAUGAAAUUAAUAAUGGUAAUAUUGCAGCAGUUGCUGGAUUACAAACUACUGUUACCGGUGAUUUGAUAACUAAUAGCGCAUCAGUAAUGAAACAUGCCCAAAGAAAUAUGAAUGAAUAUAAAUCUACUGAAGUGGCUGAAAGAAAAUUAGAUAAUAUUUUUACAUCUGGUACUAAUAUACCAGAUCCUGUCUUCUUUUGUUCUAUAGAACCACCUUCUCUAUCGAAACAGGUAGCUUUAGAAAUUGCAUUGCAAGAACUUGGAAGAGAAGAUCCUAGCUUAAGAAUAAAGCAAGACGAAGAGACUGGUCAAACGGUGUUAGCUGGAAUGGGAGAAUUGCACAUUGAAAUUAUUAAAGAAAGAAUUAGAACGGAAUAUAAAAUUGAUGCCGAUGUAGGUCCUUUGCAAAUAGCUUAUAAAGAAGCUAUAACAGAAAUGAUCAAAGACACAUUCUCUAAUGAGUACAAAAUAGGCAAAACUUUUCAUAGUGUUACCAUAACUUUGUCCUUAAUACCAAAUUACAAGCAAAAAGAAAUUUUACAAUUUGAUCAUACGAAAGAAUCUGCUUCUAAUAUCGACGAUAUACAUCCAAAGACGAUAGCUGCCAUAAAAAAGGGCAUAAAACUUGCCCUUAAAAGUGGUCCAAAAUUAAAUUCUCCAGUUAUAGACACCGGAAUUAAGCUCCAUUGGUUAGAGAUAAGAAAGGGUACAUCAGAUACUAUAGUUUCUGCUGCUGUUACACAAUGUAUUAAACAACUGAUGCAUAAAGGAACGAGCAUAAUAUUGGAACCGAUUAUGAAUUUAGAAAUUGUUACUAUGAAUGAUUAUUCAUCGGCCGUUCUUGCUGAUCUUAAUCAACGGAGAUGUGAAAUACAAAAUGUUGACAUGCGUGGACAAAAUAAGAUUAUUACUGUUUAUGCACCGUUGUCAAAUUUGCUUGGAUAUUCUAUGAGUUUAAGAAGUAUAACAUCUGGAAAUUCAACAUUUUCAAUAGAAUUUAGUCAUUACAAGGCCAUGGAGUCAAUUUUUGAACAAGAAACUAUUAAAAGGAUAACUGGAUUUUAAGACCCAAUAGGUUAAGUAUAAUUUUCAUCAAUUAUUUAACUAUUAUAUAUUAUUAAAAUACUGUUCAAGACUAUUAAUAGUAAUAAUCGAU